CGGGCUGCAAACUCAAAACAGUAAUAGCGCGUGUUCAUAGCAGCUGAACUACAGCACAGCACAGCACAGUACAGUACGUACCUAAACGGUUAGGCGGCCCACAGCGCCCUGACCACUGCUGUUUUGGGCAGUGUGCACCCGUCUGAAAGCAGCCUGUAAAUUUAGCAGCCGCCCUGUACUUUUAGCAGCGCAGCAGGGGCAGCCUGGUUGGUGGCAUCAUCGAUUCCACUGUAGCGUUUUUUUUCUUGCCCGCUGCCCGCCUUGCUCCUCCACCUCCUCCUUUGCGUGCAUCUCCCUUCUCUUUCUCUUUUCUCGCUACCUUCAACACAUCAUCGCUACGCUUUUCCUCUCUCUUUUUGUUUUCUUUCUUCUUCGUUCUCUUCUUCUAUUUUCUUUCUAUUUUUUUUACACCUUCUCUUCUCACUCGGCCUCUCUCUCGCUUUUUGGCCGGCACACCACCUCGAAAACACUGGUGUCUCGUCUUCCCUUGUCGACAACAAAGUAAUACUAAUAAUUGCAUUCCUCACGGCCACCACCACCCUGCGAAUCUAUCCCUAUUCGGCCGAGACCAAUCGAGAAACGCGCGAAUCUCUUUGUCCAACUGUCGCUCUCGACUUACUGCUUUGCUUGGUGCUGCUUCUUCAUCACCCCUUUGUGCCGAUCAAGCCCCAGAGACCCAUCCCUGAAUCGUCCAUUUUCUCGUAUUCUCCUCGAUAACCUCUGCUGCACCUCCGAUCUCAUCGCAAGUCCCCGCGAUCCCGGUCCAGUAAUCCGUCGCAUCGUCUUUCUUACUUGCAGCUGGCCAGCGCCUCUCGCGUGAGCACGUCUCGAAGCCACCGUCUCGCGACACUCUCCACCACCAGAGAAUGCAACAAUGAUUCGCAACCCAUCCUUCAACACCCUCGUGCAGUCCCCGGGCUCUGUCCCGGGCAUGACCAACUCCCGAAGCUCAAAGUCCUCCUCUUUCCACUCCACGAAUAGCGACGAAGGCGCCACCGUUACCGAUGUCGCCCACUUUGAAGAUAUUGGCCUCGAGGACGAUGCUUCCCUGACCGCGACCAAUACGCCAAAGGCCAAUGGCAUCUCCGCGACCAACUCGCGGCACAUCACACGCAGUCCUGCUCUCCAGCCUGCUCCCGCCGGACGCACACUGGCCGCCAACAAACGCGCUCCCGCACCCCGACGAUCGUUCCCAAACCUCCGCAACAAUCUAUACUCUGCCAAUCCGCGCAGCACGAGCACGGCCGGACUGACGGACCCGCGGUCUAUAACCCUCAAGAAGAACCACUCUACUACGUCUAUGCCACUUGUCCUUCACAAUCGAAGCAUAAGCCCUGGUCUCGCCCUCCAGCCCCGCGAGCCCCAACACAUCCCUCGACCAAGACGCGGAAGCUGGCAGUCUACUCAAAAGCGCAAGUCCGUCUCGGAGCUUGAGCAAGAGUGCGAUGAAGAUGUUGGCGACGAUAUCCCAGAUGGCCUCGUUCUAGACAAUGUUCCCAUCUCGCCGCGCCCUCCCCAUGAACGUCCACCCAGCCGCGCCCCCUCUGCCGAACCAUCGCCCGAACGAGCGCCUAAGGAGCGUGUUCGCAGCAUUGGCAAUGGAACCCCCGCUGUUGCGCAAGCACAGGGCUCGCUGCGGUCUCCCACCUGGAAAUCCGAGGGAUCACAAGUAGACCGUCGCCCGAUAAGCCCGCUCAAGACCCGGUCAAAUAGCUGGAACGCCGCCCACGCUGAUCUCAGCAGCGAAGCACGAAUGUUGACCGAAAAGCUCGAGGAGCAUGCCGACGAGGAGGUGGAACGCCAGGCCCGACGACCAUCUGCUUCGGCCCGUCCUUACACGUGGAAUUCAACAACCACAGCAGAAUACUCGUACGACAAAAGGGAGCGCGUCAAGUCGUCCACACCUGAGCUCCCACCUCUGCGUCGCACCGACGGCAUCGUCGACCCGCUGCCCGCAUCCAAGGAGAAGGAAGCCGUUUUGAGCAGAACGAGGCCGUCAUGGCUGCCCCCGAAAGAUCCCGCGGAAGAAAAGCGCCACCUGAAGGAAUACCAAAGGAUGAUGGCGGCGAGCAUCAAGGCUGACGAGCGUCGGGAAGCAUCCCGACUGGACCGUAGCACCAAGCGUGAUAGCGCGGCGGACCGUCUGAUGCACUUGUGGGAAAACGACAUUAUCCCUCGCUGGAACGAUGCCAUCCGAGAACGACGAACCCGAGACCUCUGGUGGAAGGGCGUGGCACCGCGCAGCCGUGCGGCCGUCUGGCCUCGAGCCAUUGGUAACGAAUUGGGCCUCACUGUGGAUUCGUACUCUGCCGCUCUAUCUAGAGUAAAGGACAUACAGCAGCGCAUCCAGGAAGACAAGGCCGAUUCGGAAGAUGUACGAAUGGCGGCCUGGUUUAACGAGAUCAGAAAAGAUGCAGAUGAGAACACCUGGAGUGAGCUGCGCAUCUUCCAGACUGGCGGGCCGCUUCACGAAUCCCUGGUUGAUGUUUUGAGCGCGUAUGCCAUGUAUCGUGCCGACAUUGGCUAUGUUCCCGGAUCCAACACCAUUGCCGCCCUUCUUCUCCUCAACCUUCCAGAUCCCGAAACUGCAUUCAUCACUCUGGCCAACGUCUUAAACCGAUCGCUCCCACUGUCCUUUUACAUGUCCGACGCUGGCGCAAAAUCGUCCGCGUACAACUUGGUGCUGCAGACGCUGCUACACAAGUCGCCUACGCUUCAUGAGCAUCUCACCAGGGGCAUUCCCGAACUGCGCGCAUCGCUCUACUUGAACGACAUCUUCACCAGCAUAUUUACGAGCCUGCUCGCUAUUGACGAAGCAGCUCGCCUGUGGGACAUUUACGUUUUUGAAGGCGACUCGCUGUUGGUGCGCGCUGCCGUGGCCGUCUUGCUCGACCGAGAGAUGGAUCUGCUCAGCAGCUCAACUUCAGAGCAAGUCUGGAGCGUCAUGGCCAAGGCGUCUACAAACACGACUGCGCCGCGCGCCGUGGGCGAAGCUGGUGCCGAGGACAGAUUUAUUCAGUCUGUUCGUGAAGCUGGCAAGGCCUAAAGAUCUGCGACUUUCUUGAUGAUGCAUUGGAUAUAUAAGGAGAACUUCUACGCAUACAAAACACUUUUUAUUAGAACUGGAUGGGAUAGAUUUGGAGUACAUAACUUGGCGUUGGAUAUUGCUAUUCGCUGUGGAGGUCUAUCAUUCUUAUAGUUUUACCCUGUACAAAAAAACAUAGCCUACAUGGCGUGAGGGAAAGGCGACGGUGCCUGGCGACGAGGUAUGUUGCGGACUAUAUUUAUAAGGCUAUACCUGGCAAGAUAUUUAUAUUGUAUAUUAUCGAGGAUUUAAAAGAAUCCUCACUUGAAUAAGCACCUGUUUGCUCUCUCG